CACUCCUAUAGACACAACACUCCUAUAGACACAACACUCCUACACACAACACUCCUACAGACACAACACUCCUACAAUGCUGCACUCCGCCACGCCCGUGUGACGGUGUUGUGCGUCAACGUUGGGCACUGCACCAGCAAUGGAUGUCUCGAGCAAGCCCUGCUCACUCCUGCUUUGUGGUUGCCACUCGUGCCUGCUGAAGUCCCCCACUCCCAGGAGGAAGGCCGGCGAAGACCAUCGGCUCGCUUGACCCACAAGCGGCCACCGCCGUCGCCCGUGGUGCCAUCACAGAACUGUCACAACGAGGGAUCUCGACAGGGCCUUCCCGAAGUCCGUGACCUUCUGACACCGAUCGGCGAGAAGGAGGCGGCGAUGGCGUCUCCGCUGGGGGUCGGGGGUCAGGCGCACGACCCCGACGAGGUGACGCUGCCCUACGCGUCCGUGCAGCGCCUCGUGGGCGAGCUGGUGCCGUGCCUGCGCCUGACGGCGGGCGCACGGGACCUGCUGCGCGUGGCGUGCACGCGCUUCGUGCGCCACGUGUCCAGCGAGGCGAACACGGCGUGCGCGCACGCGCAGCGCAAGACCAUCUCCCCCGAGCACGUGAUCCAGGCGCUGGAGCGUCUGGGUCUGGCGGGCAGCAUGGGCGAGCUGCGCGCGUGCCACGCGGAGUUCCGAGCGCUGGCGCUGUCUCGCCGCCGCGCCACCCGCCGCCUCGAGGCGCUCGGCGUGCCGGAGCCGGAGCUGCUGCGCCAGCAGCAGGCGCUCAUCGAGCAGGCCCGGCAAGAGCAGACAGAGGUGGCUCAGCGCGACUGGCUGCAGAUCCAGUGCGCCGCCGAGCAGGCCCAGCGCACCUCCACCGCGGACAGCCCCGGCGAGUCAUCGGGGACCGAAUUUGUCAUCGACGAGGACGACGAUGAUGACAUCACAGACGACUAGACUGUGAUGUCAUCAUUGUGAGCGAGGGAACUGGGCUGCGUGAUACCGAGUCGGUUUUUUCUUUCGUUAAUUUUGUUAGUAUGAGCUUUCGAAUGUCUGACCGGGACGUGACGUCCAACACGGCGCUGGUUUUCUCGUGCAGCGCCGCUCGACGCGAUCGUUUGCGUAUUACCCGUAGGGAAUUUAACCGUCGGAUAAUUGCAAAGCAGCUCAUCGGUGUGAGGCAAGCGUGACGUUCGCUCAAUACACGCGCGGUGUCUCUCGUGAAGCAAGACUCGGCGAACACGAGUGCAGUCGAGAAGGUAGAGACAAGGAGACACGGGUGGCUCGAUAGAGAUCACUGGUAGGAUGGUCUAAACAUGACAAACGGUGAAAGCAUAACACUCAUUCGUGAUGACCAAUGAAAUUGCACGUAGGGAGGGUAAAUUGUCACAUGCUUAAUGUUUACUCGGUGAUUAGUCACGAACCGUUCGCUGAACAAGCACUAAGAGACUGGCGCACGCAUGCCUGUAGACACAUGGGGGUGUGUACGUAUGUCUGUAAAAAAGUAAUAAA